CAGUUAUAAGGACUCAGCAGUCCCAUCAGACAAGGAGAAUGGUUUUCUCAAUGAUGGGAAUUUGUAUACUGCAGGGAAAAAAAAAAAAGUUAAGUUGUGUAAGAAAUAAAAAAUGCCCUCUGUUAAUAGUCUUUGGCCAAUGCUUUCUAAUUCUUCUUUUUCAUAUCUUUAAACACAGAAUCCCCUUCACCUACAACUGAGUUUAGAAAAUUCAUUAAGUUCUGAUGCUGAUGUCACUGUCUCAAUCCUGACCAUGAACAACUGGUACAAUUUUAGCUUGUUGCUGUGCCAGGAAGACUGGAACAUCACCGACUUCCUCCUCCUUACCCAGAAUAAUUCCAAGUUUCACCUUGGCUCUGUCAUCACCAUCACCGCCAACCUCUCCUCCACCGAGGACCUCUUGAGCUUCCUGCAGGUGCAGCUUGAAAGCAUUAAGAACAGCACACCCACAAUGGUGAUGUUUGGCUGCCACAUGGAAAGUAUCCGGCGGAUUUUCCAAAUCACCACCCACUUUGGGGUAACACUCCCUGAGCUCCACUGGGUGCUGGGGGAUUCCCAGAAUGUGGAGGAACUGAGGACAGAAGGUCUGCCCGUAGGACUCAUUGCUCAUGGAAGAACAACACAGUUUGUCUUUGAGUACUACGUACAGGAUGCCAUGGAGCUGGUUGCAAGAGCUGUAGCCACAGCCACAAUGAUCCAGCCAGAGCUUGCUCUCAUUCCCAGCACGAUGAACUGCAUGGACGUGGAAACUGCAAAUCUCACGUCAGGACAAUAUUUAUCAAGGUUUCUAGCCAACACCACUUUCAGAGGCCUCAGUGGUUCCAUCAAAGUAAAAGGUUCCACCAUCAUCAGCUCAGAAAACAACUUUUUCAUCUGGAAUCUGCAACAUGACCCCAUGGGAAAGCCUAUGUGGACUCGCUUGGGCAGCUGGCAGGGGGGGAAGAUUGUCAUGGACUAUGGGAUAUGGCCAGAGCAGGCCAAGAGGCACAAAACCCACUUACAACACCCAAGUAAGCUACACCUGAGAGUGGUUACCCUGAUUGAGCACCCAUUUGUCUUCACACGGGAGGUAGAUGAUGAAGGCUUGUGCCCUGCUGGACAACUCUGUCUAAACCCAAUGACUAAUGACUCAUUCGUAUUAGACAGCCUUUUUAGUAGCCUCCAUAGCAGUAAUGAUACAGUGCCCACCAGAUUCAAGAAGUGCUGUUAUGGAUAUUGCAUUGAUCUACUGGAAAAGCUAGCAGAAGACAUGAACUUUGACUUUGACCUCUAUAUUGUUGGGGAUGGAAAGUAUGGAGCCUGGAAAAAUGGGCACUGGACUGGGCUGGUGGGUGACCUUCUGAGUGGAACAGCCCACAUGGCAGUCACUUCCUUCAGCAUCAAUACUGCACGAAGCCAGGUGAUAGAUUUCACCAGCCCUUUCUUCUCCACCAGCUUGGGCAUCUUAGUGAGGACCCGAGACACAACAGCUCCCAUUGGAGCCUUCAUGUGGCCACUACACUGGACAAUGUGGCUGGGGAUUUUUGUGGCUCUGCACAUCACUGCCAUCUUCCUCACUCUAUAUGAAUGGAAGAGCCCUUUUGGUAUGACUCCCAAGGGACGGAAUAGAAGUAAAGUUUUCUCCUUCUCUUCAGCCUUGAAUGUCUGUUAUGCUCUCUUGUUUGGCAGAACAGUGGCCAUCAAACCUCCAAAAUGCUGGACUGGAAGGUUUCUAAUGAACCUCUGGGCCAUUUUCUGUAUGUUUUGCCUUUCCACAUACACGGCAAACUUGGCUGCUGUCAUGGUAGGUGAGAAGAUCUAUGAAGAGCUUUCUGGAAUACAUGACCCUAAGGUAAUACUUCUUUUACCCUAG